GAGCAGGAAACGUCGCUACAUUAUACGUAUUAAGCUGUCACGCGUGGUGAGCGGCUCAGCAUGAACGGUGUGAAAGUGACGCCGCAGCGCGAGGGGUUUCCCCCUCCCCAAGAUGCGCCCCUGCCGGCCCAGGACGUGGCGCAGGUCCGGCUUUUGAUCUCGGUGGCGGUGGCCGUGUUCGUCGUCUUAGUUCUGGUAAUUUGGAAAAUUUUCCAAGCGAGAAAGAGCAGUCGGACAGCAGUGCUUCUGGCUGGUCUGUGUGACUCAGGAAAAACUCUUCUAUUUGUUAGGCUCUUAACAGAAAAUUUCCGAAAUACUCAGACUUCCAUAACUGAUAGUUCUGCCUUGUACAGAGUAAAAAAUGACAAGAAUAGGAAUGUGACUUUAAUUGACCUUCCUGGCCAUGAGAGCUUGAGGCUUCAGUUCCUGGAUAGGUUCAAGGCUGCAGCUAGGGCAAUUGUGUUUGUUGUGGAUAGUGUAGCUUUCCAACGGGAGAUGAAAGAUGUGGCAGAAUUUCUGUACCAACUCCUGAUUGACAACACAGUUCUGAAAAAUGCACCUCCCCUCUUAAUAGCCUGCAACAAACAAGAUGUUACAAUGGCAAAAUCUUCUAAGCUCAUACAGCAGCAACUGGAAAGAGAGCUCAAUACCUUACGAGUGACUCUCUCUGCUGCCCCAAGUACCAUGGAUAGUUCAAGCUCGGGAUCUGUCAUUCAGCUUGGGAAGAAGGGAAAGGAGUUUGACUUCUCUCAGCUGCCCAUGAAAGUCGAAUUUAUUGAGUGUAGUGCCAGAGGAAACAAGGGAGAGGAGGGUAGUCCUGACAUUAAUGACUUAGAAAAAUGGCUAGCAAAAAUUGCCUGAGCUUGAGUUUUUGAAAGGAGAGGUAGAGAGGAAGGUGGAAAAGAACAUCCCCUGGAAAGAAUAGGUAUUGUAAUGAGACAUGCAAUUUAACAGAGCAAGAAUUUGAGUUUUAAAUAGCAGUUUGACUAGGAAAAAGAUGCACAUUUGGAACUGUAGCAGUGGUGAGGACAUUCAGUUUCUUGCUCAGGGAAGUUUUUGCUUUCUAUUCAUUGUUCACAGAAAGGCUCUGUUUGAAGUAUCCUUGUUCUUUAAAUAUAGCCUAGCAAAGAGUAGCUCCUUUUUUGCUUCCCAUUCUCAUUGUUGCAAAUAAUUUUCCUACUCUAUUUUAGGAAAAGACCCUUUAAAAAGGAGAAUCCUUGUUACACAAAAGUCACAAGAUGAAAAGGAGCAUUUCUAGAUAUUCCUAGAUUCAAAUUCCUUUGCUUUUGCUUUUCUUCCAAUACUCACCUCAUCUGAAAUGUUUGUGAUCCGUAUUAUUUUAUUCCUUCUUUUUCUAGAAAAUUUUAUAGGACUCUAGCAUGAGUAGAAUUUACUGUUGUAACUAUAAUAAUGUGACAUAAAAAGGAAUAGGUGACUACUGUAUUUUCCGGCGUAUAAGAUGACUCAGCGUAUAAGAUGACUCCCGACUUUGGAGAAGAUUUGCAUGAUUUUGAAAGUCAUCUUAUACGCUGGAAAAUACGGUACUUCCAAUAUUCUGUGCAAUGCCUAGCAGUGUGGCCAUCCUAUCACUUGAUAUGUGUUGUUUUGCUUCUAAAAAUUGACUGAAUAAUUGGUACAUAAGAUUAGAAAAUCCUUCCUUCCUUCCUUCCUUCCUUCCUUCCUUCCUUCCUUCCUUCCUUCCUUCCUUCCGAUGUGAUGUUUUUAUUACAGUAUUUAAAGUGUGCUUCUGAUAGACAGUCCCCUAUUGUUUGUCUGAUACACAUUUGGUUGAAUUACUAACUUCUUAGCAAAUGUUAAAUUAUAUAGCAUCUUCAUGGAAAGAGAGUGCCAAGAUUGUAAAUCUGCUAAAAUGUAACAUGCUCCCUUCUGAACAUGUUAUAUUUUAGUAGAUUAAAAACUUCCAUUCAUGCUUUAAGAUGUGUCAUUCCAUUAGCUCUUGGAAGAUGUUUCUCCUAUAGAAUGUUCAAUGUUUAAGAGAAGGAGUAACCAUUAGAACUGCAUAUCUGUGGUUCUCUAUCAAACAAGAUGUAGCUGUUCUCAGUGAUAUUCUUGUUUAAUAGUGUAUUUUAUAUGCCAUAUUUUUUACAGCAGUAAAAAAAUAAGUAACUUAGAAUUUUUUUAGUCUGCCACAAGCUGGACUUAAUACUUUUUCUAGAUUAGUUGCAUUUCCCAAAAGUGUUGUCUUUUAAAAAAGUGAUACAUACACAGAAAACUCAUUUAAUUUUGUUUUGAAUGUUUAGUAUACCUCUCCUCUGACCUGUACCUGUUACUAAAGACCAAGUUCUAUUAAAAUAGUUUUCUUAAAUUAUAUGAAUUGGCCCCUAAGAUUUAUGUAUAUCCUACAAAAAUCUGCUCAGUAUUAAUAGCGUCAUGAUUUGCUUCGAAGUAUAGACUUAGAAAUAGCUUUUUCUGCAUUGAGUGGCUUGCAAGUAGAACAUCAGGGUCAUGCCUCUAAACUAUGUUUGAGCAUAAGAAUGGAUUUGUGUUCUCUUGCUUUGAACUUUACUUUUAUUUCAUAAGCUUUUUGCCAAAUCCAAAAUAAAAGUGGUAAAGAAAUCAUGAGUACUUUGCUUGCCAUGAGACCUGUGUCACACAUUGUCCUUGAACAAGCUGCAAAGUUGUAGAAACCCACAAGUUUUACAUUAUUAUUUAUGUCUAUCAAUAAAGAUAUUUGCCUAACAUACUUCUGAUUUUCCCAGGCACAUUUUCUUUAAUAGAAUAUGUGAAUGUAUUGUUUCAGAGUGCAUUUUAAACAUGGUUAUUUUUGCUUGUGAAAACUUAUGACUCUUGCUACAAAAUUUUAUAUGGUUAAAAGAUGUGUUAUUUUAACAGGAGUUACUGUACAUUCUUUUGUAUUUCAUUUCUAAAUUGUAAUUGGGAGGGAGGCUGUAAGGAAGCAACAGGAUGUUGUAGAAUUUAAUUUGUUAUAGGAUUUAAACCUUAAUUCCUGGAGCGGUGUCAAAUAGUAGUACCAUAAAUGCCGGUGUAUAAGGCAACUUCCGCGAGCGCUGAAAUCGGUGCCAAAGAUGGGGGUCGUCUUAUACGCCGAGUCGUCUUAUACGCCGGAAAUACUGGUAGUUUCCGGCGUAUAAGACGACGUUCUAGGAAUGCAGCCCGGCUAUAAAGACGGGGGUCGUCUUAUACACCGGGUCGCCUUGUACGCUGGCAUUUACGGUAUGUAAAUAAUUAUAUCACAGUUACAACCAACAUUAAAAAUCUGUCUACUGCAGGAUGUUUAAUGAAAACCCUUCAGGCUAGAGAAAUGCUGGAUUAUACGUGUGAAUACAAAUGCUUUAUAUGUAGCAAUAAAAAUACCUUAUAUAUUUUUAAUGGGAAUUUACAAAGACAGAAUUACAAGACACAGAUAUCUGGAAACAGCAUCUUAUGAAAGAUAUAUAUAUUGUCGGCUUCUGUAUUUAAAUCAUUGCUGGAAUAAAAGUAAAUAAAAAUCUUUUCCUAUUGGAGUAGGAAACUACUCCCAUAGUUUUAUUUGCCCAA